GUGAAUCAGUCGUGGCUCCGUUCCCCCACCUCUCUCUCUCUCCAAGCUCUACGCAUACUACGUAGACACAUAUUUACCGAUACACGACAAUACCCGCAAAAACCCCAGCCCAACUGGCGAAAAUUGAAUCACACACAGAGAUCCUUUAUGGGUGGGUGAGUCACCAGUACAAAAACAAGCCUACGAUUCUGACCCCUGGAUUCGCUUUGAUCGCCAUUAAUCCUAGCCGAGAUAAGCGUGCGCAUUUAUAACCCCCCAGUCCACCUCUUUCUAAUCCAGCUCCCCUGUUCAUAAAACCAGGGCUUUCUACAGAGGCCUCUUCGUUUUCUAACUGAAAUGGACGAUAUGUUGGAUUCGGAAUGCAGUAGUGGUUGUGAAUCUGGCUGGACUCUAUACCUGGAACACUCUUUUCUCUCUCCGCACCCUUCUAAAAGGAGGAAAACGGAGAAACAGAGCGUGUCGGAGGAUGAAGAAGAAGAGGCGAAGGAAGAGGACUUGUCCAUGGUUUCGGAUGCGUCUUCGGGGCCUCGGAUUUUCCACGAGGAGGAGUGUUUCGGCAAUGCCGGUAAUGGGUUUUUCUGUCGCGCUGCCGUAGAUGCUGCAUUGUUGAAGAACGGAGGAAAUACAGAGCAAAAGAGAGGGAAUCGGCGUCGGGAGGUUGAGGAAGAUGACCCUUCUUUCCUUGAUGACACUGCUAGCUCUCCUAUUUGCAACUUCUCCCAGAACAAUUACCCACUUACAAACGAGGAAGCUUCAAUGGAGAACGCGCUUGACUUUUCGCAAGGGUGGUCGGCAACCCAUUCUGAAACCAACAAUGGAUCAACGCAGGGGAGAUCUGCAAUAUUCCAUGACGAGCCUUUCGAUUUCUUCCAGUUUCCAAUGUCAGGAAACCAACUUCAGCAAAACCAGUGGUUUGGAAGGAAUUUGGGGAUGAGGUGAACUAUUCAGCAAGCAGUGCUGCUACUGCUGCUGCUGAUGAUGAUGAUGCAGAGACUGUUAGAAGCUGUUUAGAAAGAAGUGGUGGGAGAGUUUUUCAAAAGCAAAAGGGGCAAUAUUGGAUCUCAAAGGGGGGAUCUUGUUCCUUUUUCCUGUCAUUUUCUUUUUCUUUUUUGUUGAGGGAAACAACCUUAGUGGGAAACAAAAUUAUUUUCUCUGUUCUUUAGAAUUCAAUUUUAUUGUCAAUGAAAAUGAACAAAUGCCAACA